GCAGUAGUGUAAUCUUGUGGCGCGGUAGGUAAGCUUUUUUGCAUUCAUCAUGAAAUUCCUACCGCUCUGGUUCCGCCGGUUGUUUAAAAAUUCCUGUUUGCCAACGAGGAUGAGGGAAAGUGCCUGGAAGAAUGAAUCAUAGAUGCACUGGUUUGAAUCCUAACAACUGCUGAUGGGAUCCAGCGUCAUGGUAGAAUGGGGAUCACCCCGGCUUCGCAUGUGGGAGGUCCCUGGUUCAAAUACCGGCCAGGAGACCGACUAUCUGUGGUACUAGAUAUCUUCAGGUCCAGUCACUGUUUUAGGAAAUUAGAGACGUCGUCUACACGGACUGACUGUGAGUGAGGGCAAAGUGACGUAACAACAAUCUAGAAGUGGUGGCGUCUUCCACUCCAUGCUAACGUUACGUCUCGUGUCUACCCACUUCCUGAAGCAGCCAUAGACGCACUGUGACGUCAACAUGUGUCGUGAUCGAGACAUGAAUCCCUGAACAAGUGAACACAAAUUUGAAGAACAAUUGCAAUGUUAUUUCUGGUUAUUCUACAAAUAUAGUAAGAGAAACAGUUGUUUCUUUCCACCAGUCAAGAACAUAUACCACGAACAGUUCUCACAAGUGAUCAGUAGACAUACCAUAAUUCCUUCUAUAAUAAUUUUAAUAGUCGAUCUGUUUCAUUUACCACAUUCUCAAGUUUUGUGUUCCACCUGCUUGCUACUAUGUGUGUCUGUGUGUGCGCGUGCCUUCGGAUAUUCUGAGCACCCUGUGGAACGUCGCAAGGGAGUGCAUUUGCGGCUCCACAAGUCAGGAGGCUUGCUGUGACGUCAUGAGACGCCCGACACUCUGCAGCAACGUCGCCGCCGUGGAAGACUGCUACUCCCCCGUCGAAGUCGGCAGCAAGGAGGAGAGCCGGUUGUCGCGUGUGAAGCGAAUGCUGACAGGAACGCUGCUGAUGGGACGCCGAGGGGGAGGAGGGGGAGGUGGAGGUGGAGGCCGUAUUUUCGGUCUGCGUCUGGAGGAACUGCCCGUAGGAAGAGACGGAGUGCCUGUAGUGGCCUUGCGCCUCUGUGGCUACAUUGAGAAACACGAUUUGAAAUGUUGCGGACUGUGCCGCUUAUCCCCCAGAAAUCCAAAGAUGGUGGAGCGUCUACGACUGUCAUUUGAUCGCACCGGUGAUGCUGACUUGGAGGGUGUUGGAGAUGUCGCUACAGUUGUAUCUCUUCUGAAAUUGUGGCUCAGGGAACUUCCUGAGCCUGUUAUUGCUAGUCAUGUGGCAACAGAACUGUUGGAUAUACAUGAAAAGCUUCAUGAUGAAAUUGCUCAGUGGCGCGACGCUGUGUGCCAGGUACUUCUGACCCUACCUGAUCCCAGUAUAUGUUUGCUGAGGUAUCUUCUAAGAUUCUUGUGGCAUUAUGAGCAACAUGGACACAAGAAUCACUGUCACCAUUUGACUUCAGGCGGGGUCGCUGCUGUGUUCAGCCCUCUGCUCAUUCAUGGUGGAGCAGAACAGGGCAGACGGAUUGAUGAUCUUCAGCAGCUGAUGAGCAAGAUGAUUCAUGAGUCGAACCACAUAUUGCAAGAGCGGUUGGUUGAUCAGACAAUUCAGGCUGCAGUUGGAGAUGGCAAUUUGCACCUGUUUGCUGAUGCCCCUCCACACAAAACACCUUUAGAAUCUGGGGGACCAGUUGAGGUAGUGGCCACACCCAGUAGUGGCCAGAAACAGCAGCACCAACAUCGCAAGAGGAAAGAACGUCAUGAGAGCUUCAACUCCCAAAAUCAAGAGAGAAAAGUUAUAAGAUCAAAUUCAGAAGAGAGGCCCCUUGAAGAAAGCAGUGGUAACUGUAAGGACAGUAUUCGUCGUGUUAGUAGCCAUGAAGAUUUUUCACAAGUUAAGGUCAGCAGCAAGAAUAACAACAAUAUCAACAAAACAAACAGUGGCAAAAGUUUCCUCACAGAAGUGAUUGAUCCUACGGUGGUUCAUGGAGUGCGAAACGGUGGCCUGCCUCUCCAUGAGCGCAACUCCGCUUGUAUCUCCACACCCAAAGCGACGCCUGCAUUCAACAGUGACAGUGAGUCGGCACCAGUGGUCCCAGUGGUGGUGGCUGAGUUUUUUGAUGACAAUGAACAUGAAAGGAGACGAAGUUCAGAGCGAUUUGCUAGAGCAGCUGCUCCCAGAGGGCGGAGAAAUAUGGCUCGGAGACGAAGACUUGUUCACAAGAGCUCCAAAAUUUCGGCUGAAGAUAUGGAUGGAGGAGGAUCCUCGAAGGAGAAUGAGGAUGAAGAAGAACAUGCUACCAGUUCUCGAAUAUCACAUGCCCCUAUUUUGGUCAGUAGCACCGUGUCUGAUGAUGAUGCCAGUUCAAAUUCAAGCUCCGCACAUUCCUUUCUGCAGUUGCACCCCCAGGAACGAGAUCGAUCCCCGUCUCCUUCUCCGAGUCCUUGCACGCCCCCCCUGGAUCUGGCAACUCUGCAUCAGCAGGUUGACUGUAGUGAGCCACUGACGAGCUUGGGGAACUGGAGUUUCGCCCAUAGACAGCCGGAGGAAGAGUUGGUAAGCAGUCAAGUGAUGCUUUCUCCGCGAAACUCCAUGAUUCUUACCAGACGAGUUUACUUGGAUCCUAAUGUACCUCCUUCUCCACCUCAUGAGCAUAAUGCCCCAAUUGCAAGAAAUCCUGGUGUGUCUGGCCAUUUGGACAGUGAGGCCAGGCUCAAGCAUCUCUCUAAGCAAAUGAAUAGCUUAAAAAAGAAGCUUAAACAUUAUGAAGAAGAAUUUGAACGAGAAUAUGGUUACCGCCCUUCACAUGCUGAUAAAAUGGGAAAUAGGGAUAUUAAAAAGAUGUAUACAGAGAUAAACAAGUUGCGCAAAGAAGUUAAGUGUCUUAAAGAAGAUCCACAUUGUGUGAUGAUGCAAAGCUCAACAAAAACACAUGAAUCUCUGGCUCAAGGCACUGAUGAUCAGAACUGUAACAGUGAUAAGACACCCAGUAUGGAAGAAAAGUUAAAGGAAGUUGAAAAGCAUUUAUCAGAGAAACGGUCACUUGCGGGAAGAUCCGAAAACCUGGAUGAGCUUAGCAGGGAGCAGCUUUUGGAUGAGAAACUUGCAGUGCAGAAAGCUUUGCUGUAUCUGGAAGGCAUAUUUGGUCGUCCUGUCACUAGAGGAGACAGGGAUCUGGUGCGACCCUUAUAUGACAGAUACAGGGCACUCAAGCGUCUUGUAAUCCGUUCAGGACCAUCAAAGCUGAAAGACUGUGUGUCAGAGCUGGCAACCAUUUUGGAACAUGAAACAAUGGACUUCACUAGCUCUCCACCAUCUCUUUCAAUACAAGAAGACACACCAGAAACAUCAACUGCCACUGCAAAUGCUGAUGUUCCAUUGAAGCUUCAGCAACCACAGGAAACUUCAGAUUCUCUGUGGGAAAAUUUACACUCCCUUCCGCUGUCUGAAUUGUUAGAUCAACAGAGGACAACUCGUGAAGAGAAGAAACGACUUCGGCGCUCGCUUCGAGAGUUUGAAGAAGAUUUCCAGCAUCGAACAGGGAAAAAGCUUCAACGAGAAGAUCGCAUCCCCAUGGAGAGUACUUACAUUGCCUACAAGCAGGCCAAGGCAAAGCUACGGCUUUUGGAGGCUUUAGUAACGAAACAGACUUAAAGUGGUCUGGUAAUACAAAUUAAAGAAAGAGAUGUGAUUAGUAUAUAAUAGAUGGUAUUGUUCAAAGCGGUUCCAGACAGUGCUCUUGUAAAGCAGGAACAUGCAAGAACUAGCUGAAACAAUGAGGGGGAAUGAUUGCACAGGAAGUUGAAAUAACGUUUAGUUGACCUUGAUACAAAGGAAAUUAUGAGAUGGUAAUGUGACACUCAUGACUGAUUCAUCACAAGUUGAGGACUUCAUGGAGUGUUUUGUACUGUGGUAGCCUGGGUUUGAUCCCACAUCAGAUCAUAUUUUAUUUGGGGUGGACAAAAUGGCACUGGUGCAGGUUUCCUCUGAGUACUUUGGUUUCCUGUGCCAGUUGUCAUUCUGCCAAAUGCUCCAUAUUCAUCUGUCAUCCAGGGCUGGUACAGUGGGCCAAUUAGUGGCAGAUGAACCAAGCAGACUCGGGGCCCAUCCCACCCACCCCAUGAAUCUGGGAGGGGGCACUACUUGCAAGUUUAAAGUAAAUGAAAUGCUACUUUAAUUAGUGUAAAGAAAUUUUCAGACCCACCAAUUUAUGAAUAUUUAACAGCAGCCUUUAUUUAUGUAUAAAAUGGCUGAUUGUUUGCUCGAUGCCUCUCCUGCUGAACGUAACUGGAUGCUGGUCUGUGUUGGAAUAUUGGAUCCAUCCUUGUAGGACUGUGAGGACAUAUUCGUUAGUAUCCUUCACAUGUUGAGUGCUAUUCAUUGUGAUUUGGGCGAACCUAAUUGAAAUCAGUUGCAAGUGUAACAAGUGGGUUAAUUUAGAUGAAGUCUGGUGUUUUUAAAUUUGAUAAAGGAUUUCAGCACAGGUAGACAUGCAUGACUUAGUGUUCAUAAAGGCCCACCCCACCCCACCUUCUUCUAAGAGUCUGUAGUCUAGUGAGUUGAGGCCAGCAGCAAUAAGCCUCUCCAUUAAUACAUGAUAGCAGAUUUAGUGCCAUGGGAGAGCUGCAGGCAGUGUGGGGUGAUUGCAUAGCAGGUAAUAUAGUUAUGUCUGUUUCAAAGCCUGUUUUGGUAAGGAUGUUUCUGAUUAAUAUCUGUAUUGUUGACUGUUAGUAUAAUAAUAUCUACAUAUUCUAUACAUAUUUGUAAAGGUAAUUUAUUCCUUUGUCACUCACCAAUAAAGGGAUCUUAAAAUCAUGAAAUAACUUACUUGGCACACAUUUAAGAACAAGGGUGUAAGUGAUGCUGUUUUAGAAUGCUCUCUGUUUCUUCAUACUGAAGUAAUGCUAACUAGCUAACAUGAUAAAAAGAAAUGAUCGAUGUUCGGUGGUAGUGGAGGAGGGGUUGAGAUGCGAUGCGACUUUGCUUUGACUUUCCUGUAGACAGUAAUGGCUGAGCACUAAAGUGAGUGAGCCUGAUAGACCUCGGAGCAGUUGGAAAGAGCUUCCACAGCAAUUAAUUGAAUGUCAGUAAGGGAAGCAUCAAAAGAAUAUCUUAUUCCUAAGAGGACAUUAAAAAAGUUGUGUCUUCUGGAAUUGUUAACAGUAAAAUUAGGUGACUUCUGUGUUGACAAACAUUUGGAAAGAGAACUUUGUUUCAGUAAUUAUAGGCUUACAGAUGUUGGUGUGCCUUUAACAAGCAAAAUUUCCAGAGAAGAAAUGUGUUCCCAUAUUGCAAGUGUGUUCACAUAUAUUGCACACUGUGGUCAAAUGUUGUAAAAUGGACAUGAAUAGGAGUCCCCUUUUUUAAUGAGGAUAAUAAGUUUCUAGUAGAACAUGGUUAAGAUUGUGUUAAAAUGUCACCCAGAUGCAGCAUCAGAAAAGACACAAUAUAUAUUAGGGGAGAGCAGCUAAAAUGAACAAAUUUGUUGUGAGUGACUAGUUUGAAAAGUAAAUGCAGGUGUUGGAGAAUUACAAGAUGGACAAGAAAGGACCUCAUGCAAGCAAAUAGAUGUUAUGCUAAAAUGAGCUGAAAUGAGUGCAGUGCAGCAUAUGGAGAGUGUUGGUUAUGUUGUGUGUGGAUUUGUGCAUGGGCAGAGCCCAACUUUUCAAGGGUUUUCACAAGGGAAUAAAUUGGAGUCAGAAUGAACAAACAUGCUUCAGCUUUGAAUUGACUGAGAACUGAUCAGUUAUUGCAAGAAUUAUGUAUAUGAGGAACGUACAGCAUUAAAAACAAUUGAAGCACUAGGAAAAAGCUGUGUUAAUGUUUUUUCAUGGUGGCAAGUUGCACCUUUGUAGAUGUUGCUGAAGAAAAUUAACUCUCGUUCUUGCCUUCGGUGCACACCUGAGUUAAGCCUUUGAACAACCAAUUUGAUAAUUUAUGGGAAGAAGAAGUGCUAAAGUACAGGACAGCUGAAAUUGUUAAAAUGAUAACACGUGGAAUUUGCAUCAUUAUUUUCUGAGGUGUAGCACAAAUUUCAGAUUUACCAGUCUUACUGCAGGUUUCAGAAGUACACUUGUACCUUGUAUACCCACACAACCUACUCCGUGUUAACAGAACUGCUUGACAAGAGAAUUAAUAUUGCACCACCUAAUUAUGAUACUGCUGAUUCUGAUGAGAGUAACUCCAGUGACGGUGACCUGGUGUCUUAAGCUUCUGAAGUACAGACUUAUUCAAAUAAAACAGAAGAUUGCCUACAGUUAUGACUGCUCUACCUUGAAUGUUGUUCGAAUGUUAAGUUUAUUGAAGAACAUGCACUAUGUUGGCCAGCAGUUUGUUUCCAAACAACUUGCAUGUACUGGAUGAUUAGAAAAUCUGCUUAAUUUUCAGUUUUAUUGUAUUAUGCAACUGUAAUUAGACAGGGUCUGGAUUGUUAGGCAUACAGGCUGUUGUAUAUUUCCAUAUGCUUGAAUUCUUUUAUGGAGUAGAAUCUAUGAUGAAAUUAUAUGAACUUACAUGACAGAAUUGAUAAAUGUAGAUCUUUAUCUAUGAUUAUAUGAAAUUAGAGCAAUGAGUGAAGGAUCAAAUGACUUGAGAAUGCAGUACUGUUAAUCAUUCAGAACAGUAGGAUAUACAUGUCCACUUUAAAGAGAAUGGUCUAAGUUACAUAUUGCAGAUACUGGUUGCUUUUGUAAUUGUGAGAGAACCGCGUGUAAAAUGCCUCCACAGCAUCUAGAGCAGCUCUGGAGCCCCGCCCAGCCACCUGUGUAUGAUGAUACUAGGGGAUCAUCCCCCAAGGGUAUAAUGACUGGAGAUCGAAGCAGACCACUCACAUCUCUUUAGUGCCGAGUUUAAGAAUGCAUGCACAUACUUCCUCUCUCUCAUACAUCUUGGUGUGGUGGUUAAUUAAGUACAGGGACAGUUUUACCUUUUACAUGCUAAACACAGUUGCGGUGGAGUAGGCCACACACUGUAAUUGUAAUUGUAAUUGUAAUUGAUUUCGAGUUCCAGAUGAUCCAAUAAAACUGGUUACAAACCAUAGGAUAUAGAACAUGUGGAUGACGUUACACUAUAGCUACACUGAUGAUUUGUAUUUUACUGUAAAAUAAAAUUAGGAAAGCAUACAUUUAUGAUAAAUUUACAAACAACAAGGAAAGUUGUUAAUAAGGCAGCUGCACACUUUACAGGACAACUGUUGUGUAUGAUCAUCGAACAGGGGCUGGUAUAGUGAGUUAUAACCACUAUGAUGAACCUUAUUCAAGUGAAAUUUUAUUUGUAUAUGAAGAACACCAAUUUCUGUACAGUGGGCAAACGUUUGAAGAAGAAUUAAUGUGUAAUGUGCAAGGUUGAGGUAGAAGUUAGAAUGAAAUGACUAUUAUACAUGUAUAUUGCGUUGUUGUUAUGAUACAGUUUUCACACUUAUAAAAUAGAGACUGAAUAAUAUAAGAGAUCCUGCAGUACAAUGCAUAAGCUAUAGUUAUAGUAAUAUUCAUGGGAGAAAUUAAUUGCAUGUGCUACAAUUAACAUUCUCUUAAUUAAAAGUCUGAGUGUUUGUUACUGCCUCAUGGAAUAUCUGUUGCUUCCUCUGUGGUCCUAUCUUUCCUUUUGCAGAUGUUAAAGCACAGACCCUCGCAAACAUCUGGAAAUCUUGCGAUAAUAUGGAAGACUGAUCUUGAUUAAUUUUAUAAAUAAUGAAAUACUACUUUCCUUAGUGCUUUCUUCUUUUAUUAGUAGCAGUAUACAAGGAAUUCAGACAAAAUGAAAAUGUUUGAACAAAUGCAUGUCAAAGGAAUACUGUUUUGCACUGAAUGAGUUCUUGUCUUUUUGCUUCUGUAGCCAGUGACCAUUGUAUUCCAUCAGCUUUUGAGUUCGAGCCACAUUGUUGGCAAACAGUUUGGCGACUGCAGUUUUGGCUGAAAUGUUGCAGUGAUUUUGACGAAGUUGCUCCAACCUGAAAACUGAUAUCAUACAUUUAAUUAACAUUGUUUCUCUGUGGUUUAUUUUGCAAUAUAUUGAAAUAAUAGGAGAUGAAUUGUAGUGUACAAUUUAGCAGUUGCUCUUGGUUUAUUUGAGCUCCCCAUGUAUAAUCUCUACUUGAUGUCACAUAGAACACAAUUGUCAGGCAACAUUCUUGUAAAACUAACAGAAUAUUGACUUUUUUUCUGAUUGUAAUGACAUUUAAGUAUAUGUUUUGAAGCUUUCACAUCAAGUAUAUGCAAUGAAAUUCUCUUGGGCGAUCAUCCUUAUUAAUAUGGAGCUGGUGCCCAAUGUUUCAGAGGCUGUCUCAGUCUUUCUGUAACCAGGGGUUGAAUACCUGGCCACAAACUAGAUGACAAAGGAUAGAGAACUGUUAGAAAACAUUCAAAUGAAGACAAAUGACAAGCAACGUAUAUUGUGAUGACUGCACCGACUGUUUGCAAAGUAGUCUGUGCUGCUUUGGGACACCACUGACAUGUGAUUCUGCCAGUGUUUCCUGAGCAAUAUAUAUAUAUGCUGGGACAGCUGAGAGUAUAUUCUGUGGUGUAAGUGUGGUGUGUGGAUGCAGUGCUCACCACAUUUCCCUCAGCGAUGGAGACAUCUGAAAAUGUUGGACAUCAACUCCAUGUGAUGUGGCUGAUUACCUGAGAAUAUGCUUCACUGCAUAACAUUUGAGGUUUACAUGGUGGUGAAGAUUUAAAUUGUAGUCUUUGGGGUUAUGACACUCUGGGGUCUCAUAGGUGGAUACCAGCAGUCUUGGAGGACCAUACUUCCUCUAUAUUCUACCCUGAAGAUGGAGACAGUAAGUUUGUCCAAAACAUUGGUAUCCAUAUAUCAUACUAUAUGAUGUCAGAAGGCCACACAAAUUAUGAAUACAGUUGUAAUUUUCUUGUUGUUCAGUUGUUUGGGAAUAGAGAUUGUAACUGUGAAACAGCAACAACAUGACUUCAAAUUAUGUUAAAUCAAAGUUUUGCUGAAUGGUAUGAAAGGAGCAGUGUUGAUGGGUCCAUAGAAAGUGUAAGCAUCAUGUAAUCAAUAUAUCAUCGUAAAAUCUGUACAGAGGCUAGAUAGAUGUACAUACAUAAUGUUCUGGUCAUAUUUCAUUAUGAUAUGUAACUUCUUUGCUUUAAUUAGUUGAUAGUUUGAAACCAAUUUAUAUGUGGACUGUUACAUGUUUAAGUGUACUUCAUUUUUGUCACCGUUAUUUUAUAGGCGUGAAAUUAAAGAAACUUGAUUUCUGUU